AUGCUGGGCCCUUUGUUGCUGCCAGAUGGGAACAGAGGGGGUGUGGCUGCUACAGCUGCCUCUGCUACAGCUGCCUCUGCUACAGCUGCCUCUGCUACAGCUGCCACGGCCCUCCCCAUGCGGGACCUGCUACAGCUGUUCCUGUGGGUGGCUGGCAGUGUCACCGGCUGUAGCAGAGGAGCUGCUGUUCAGAGGGCUGCUGCUCGCGGGCCUGCAAGAGAGGCUUGGAUCGGCACUGCCAUGCUGUCGUUGCCCUCUCCCUUUCACUCCUCUUCCCCAACAUGGCCCUUGGGAUUGCCGCCGGCCUGCUCAUAG